AUGGAAAUGAAGGUGACGUUUGAUUUGGGCAGUAGCCUACCAGUGAUCAGUACCCAUGUGGACAUGCAGCGGUACAGGUGGCCAGAUUAUGAGAUGAAGCUUCUAGAGGAGCUGCAGAAACAACAACACAAUGCCCGAUUCUGUGAUACCUUGUUGCAAACUGAGGGUAUCUCAGUCCCAACCCACAGUUGCAUCCUUGCAGCGCUGAGUCCUUACCUGUCUGAGAAGCUAUCAGCCUCCAUGUCUCCUCCAAGGGGCCAGAAGCGGCAGCUCCAGCUCCAGGCCCUGAAGGGCCAGACGCUGCUGAAGCUGGUUAGCCUUCUGUACUCAGGGGAGCUGGAGGUUAAAGGAGGUGUAGAGCAGGAAGACGUGCUGUCGGUAGCCCGAAAGUUUGGGAUCACAGACCUUGUUCAAGGACUGGAACAUUUGGAGGAAAAACAGAGGAAUGAAGGCAGAACAAUGCAGGAUGCACAAGUUCAGAAUGAGAUGGCUGAGAGGAGAGACCAAGAAUCUCCAUCCAGAAUGGGAAAAUGUGUAUCCAUAGGCACGCAAACUGUUGAAAAUAUAGUGGGAGGUUAUUUUACGCAGUCAACCCAAACUGAACAUCCAACCCCAGGGCCUUUAUCCUCUGGAGUUCAAAGUAUGGAUUUCUCACUCCAAUCUCAAAACAUUACACUUGAUAAACAUUUUCGUUCCACCCCCUGCCCACAUAUUCCCACUAUGCACAAUCAAACACAGAGCAAUGGAGAGUCUACGUUUGACUGCCCCUCUGAUAGUGAAGAAAAUCCCACAUCGGCUUUGUCCAGCAACGUUGUGACCUUUCCUAUUUCAAUUAAUGUUGACUCAAUCUCAACACCUCAGGAAGUUGCCGCCCACCAGCAGUCAUCUAAAUGUGAGAACACCCUACAGGUGCUGGCUAAGGAAGGGACUAAGAAAGGAUCGGAAGAUGGAAAAACAAAUGGCAAAAGAGCUGACGAUAAAGAAAAUGCGGAGCAGCCGAGCCACAGAGAUGAGAUGAUAAGACAGGGUAAAGGAAAGUCUACACUGAAGAGACUUGCACAUGUAGCGAGUAAGAGUAUGUCUAAGAUGAAGCAGGUGCACCACAUGAUGGAAACCACACAGAUUUCUAUUAAGGUGAAGCUGAAGAAGAAUACGGAGACAGGAGAGGUGUGGGAAGUUGUGAGCAGGAGAGAAACAGAGGAGACGCUGACACUUCCUUUCACCCUGACACAGAUCCCUCACUAG